UCCUCCCCAGUGUCCUGUCACUUUCUGCUGUCCCCGUUUUAUUCUAAGGGCUAUAGCCUGCGGCUCAAAGCACAAAGUCAUUCAGUGCGCUGAACUUCUGCAAAGCCUGCCUUGUCUCCAUAGAACUGCCUAUAGUGUCAAGCUCUCCCUGCUCCUUCACCCACCUAGCUGGAAUCCUGCCCAAGGCAAUCAACACUUGUCCCUUCCACCUGACACUGACAGCUGAGCCCCUGCUUCUUCCAAGGAAUCUACCCAAACUUUUUCUUCUAUCCCUCAUCUGGGGACACUCGCUGGGGUGUCGGAGUCGGAGAAGACUGGCAGAAAACUUGGGGCACUCUGAUAAAAGUUUGCCCUGCUGAUUCCUAAAGUGUGAGAAGACCAGGAUGCUUGGAGGGCUGAGAGAGCUGUGACUGCUGGACUGGACCUGUCAUCACUGGACUGCAACACAAGGACCUGGACCACCUUCUGGGGACACUCAGCACUAUGAGCAAACCUGCCGGAGCAACAAGUCGAAUCUUGGACAUUCCCUGUAAAGUGUGUGGGGACCGCAGCUCAGGAAAACACUAUGGAGUUUAUGCUUGUGAUGGGUGUUCUGGUUUCUUCAAGAGGAGCAUUAGAAGGAACAGGACUUACGUAUGCAAAUCUGGAAAUCAGGGUGGCUGUCCGGUGGACAAGACACACAGAAAUCAAUGUAGGGCAUGCCGUCUGAAGAAAUGUUUAGAAGUCAACAUGAAUAAAGAUGCUGUUCAACAUGAAAGGGGACCAAGAACAUCCACCAUAAGGAAGCAAGUGGCUCUAUAUUUCAGAGGACAUAAAGAUGUCAAUGGAAGCACGCCUCACUUUCCUUCAGCAGCCUUAUCAACACCUACCUUUUUCACCACUGUUAGUCAGCUGGAGCCACAUAACCUAGAGCUGGCAGCAGUGUCCACCACUCCCGAGAGACAGACCUUAAUUGGCCUGGCACAGCCAACCCCAAAGUACCCACAUGAAGUGAAUGGAGCUCCAUUGUAUCUCUAUGAAGUGGCCACUGAAUCUGUCUGUGAAUCUGCAGCCCGACUCCUAUUCAUGAGCAUUAAAUGGGCUAAGAGUGUGCCAGCUUUUUCUACGCUGUCUCUACAAGAUCAACUGAUGCUCCUAGAAGAUGCAUGGCGAGAGCUAUUUGUUCUGGGAAUAGCACAAUGGGCCAUCCCGGUUGAUGCAAACACACUACUGGCUGUAUCUGGAAUGAACAACGAUAACACUGACUCGCAGAAGCUGAAUAAAAUUAUUGCUGAGAUUCAAGCUUUACAGGAAGUCGUGGCCAGAUUUCGACAGUUACGGUUAGACGCAACUGAAUUUGCUUGUCUCAAAUGCAUUGUUACUUUUAAAGCUGUACCAACACACAGUGGCUCCGAACUGAGGAGUUUGAGAAAUGCUGCAGCCAUUGCAGCCCUACAAGAUGAGGCCCAGCUCACUCUUAACAGCUACAUACAUACUAGGUAUCCAACCCAGCCCUGCCGUUUUGGAAAACUCCUACUGCUUCUACCAGCAUUACGGUCUAUCAGCCCAUCAACAAUAGAAGAAGUAUUUUUCAAGAAAACAAUAGGCAAUGUACCAAUCACAAGACUGCUCUCAGAUAUGUACAAAUCCAGUGAUAUCUGAAGGAAAUUUUAUAUUUCUCAAGCUUUAGACUUGAAUAAUACUGUUUCAAUCACAAAUGAGUUCCAAGAGUGAUGAGACUUGUGAAGACAAUAUUAAGGGGACCUUCUUUUAUUAAAACAGCCAUCAUAUUGAUGUGCAUAAUAUCAAAAUACUAUUUGCCACAUGGAACACUUAUAGCCAUUUUGGUUCUACAAACCCAACAGAAAAGGAUGAAUGUUAUCUUCAAGAUUUUGUGUGUGGUGUGGAAAUUUACAAGAUCAACUCCUACAUUUUAAACAAGCAUUUCUAUCCUUUCUUUGUACUAUAAACUAUUUCACAUUUUUUCCAUGGCUGUAGUUUCAGAGACAGAAAAAAUAAUCACCCAUAUAGAACAGUAUGUGAUCGGCAUUGUUAUGACUACGGACACUUUGUGCUAGAUUGCAUAAAAAGGCAAGAUGCAUCUUUGGCUCCACCUGUGACCUAUCGACAAACCACAUCAUUGUGUGCAACCGCAUCAAUGCUACAACUUGACUGGAGCAGCGAUUUCCACUUUGCACCACACCAUAAUAUACUUAAUUGCCACAAGAUUACAUGAAUCAGUUAGGUGCUGAAAAUAUGGGAUCACAUCUGUGAUGUGUUUACAACAAUAAAGAGGUUAGCUUUUACCAUUAUAGUACUUCAAUGGUUAGACCAUCUUAUCAAAUCAUUUAUUCUGCUCUGCUGGUAAUACAAGUCACUUUGGUUGUGACCAACUGGAUUUUUAAAAUGCCACCUUAAUGGCAUCCCAGUCUUAGUCUGUAGGGUUCACUAUUGAGUUGGCCCACCCUUUGCAACUUUAACAACUUCAUCUCUUCUAGGAAGACUGUCCACAAGGUUUAGGUGUCUAUGGGAAUGUUUGACCAUUCUACCAGAAGCGCAUUUGUGAGCUCAGGCACUAAUGUGGAGAAAAAGGCCUGGCUCCAAAUCUUUACUCUAUAUCAUCCCAAAGGUGUCCUUUCAGGUUGGGGACAGGACAGACAAGUUCCUUUACCUCGAACUCGGUCAUCCAUGUCUUUAUGGACCUUGCUUUGUGCACUGGUGCGCAGUCAUGUUGGAACAGGAAGGGGC